AUGGUAGAAGACAAUGAGUUUGGGUGGCAGUCAUUGCCGGAUGUCUUACUCGAAGAUAUAUUUGGUUUGCUUUCUAUUAAAGAGAAACACAUCGCGAGUCAAGUUUGCAAACAUUGGUUUCAUAUAUUUUAUUCAUCAAAAGUUUGGGCUAUUUUUGUAUUAAAUGACGAAACACUUACUAAACGAAAAUAUAAUUAUUAUUUGGGAUAUGAGAGGACAUUAGAUCAUUAUAGGACUCAGAUAUUCCUCAACAGAGUCGGACAUCAAUUAAAAAAGAUUAUAAUCAAACCAAUGGUCAAUUUUUUUAAUUUGUAUGAAUUUAUGAAAAUAUUGUCAUAUUUUGCCGAAUUUUACGAUCAAAACCCAUUGAGAAAAGUUAAUACAUUUGACUUCACUUUUUCGUGUCAUCAACUAUUGGAAAGGGAUGGCAAUCAAGAGACUGUGUUUGGAACGGGAGGUAAACUACUCCAGUCAUUAAUGAGACUCUUGAGAAACUUAAAGGGUCUUUUAUAUUUAUCACUUCGAGAUCUACUUCUUGAGCCGAGUGAAGCCCAAUAUUUGUUGGACGACGUGGCCAUCAAUUGUUGUCAAACACUUAAAUCAUUAACAUUAUUGAAUUGUAGUAAAAUUUUAUAUCCUAUACUACAUGUGGGAGUGUUUCUCAAUUUGAAAAAUUUGGUUAUAUCACCACAGCAUUUAAGUGACGAUAUAGUUGUGAUGCUAUCAGACACUAAACUACAAGACCUAUGGAUAGUUCAAAACAAAUACACUGAAUACUGUCAACCCAUCUCUUCCAAGACAUGGAGGAGUGUUUCAAAACACAACCCAUUGAUGCGCAUACAUCUGGUCGUCACCGGGAAAGUCAAUAGUGAGAUUGUAUGGCAAGAGAGUGAAUCAGUCAAAUCAGUCAUAUAUGACAGUCCUAUCUUCUCAAUGAAGUCUGAAUCGCUAUUCAUUAUAACUUCAAUGUAUUCAUCAAACUUAGAGCACUUGGCUUUUCAUGGAUUGCCUCGAUAUCAUAUGUCCAACAAAUUUAGUCAAAGAGCUGACACAUCUCUUGUAUUACUAUCUCAGAUGUGUCCAAAUCUGAAGACAUUAAUAAUAAGGGAACUCAUAUCGACGGCAACUUUAUUAGUUAUUAUAACGAGUGCUCAACAGUUGACACAAUUUAUUGUCCGAAAAAAUGCUAUCAUUAAGAGGUUUGAUUGGAAACAACAGACCGAUUGGUCCGACCAUUACUAUCAAUGGAUUAAAUAUAACUCCACUUCAUAUGAGCGAACAUUUGACGAAAUCUCCAAAAUUAUGGGCAAAAAAUGGUUACCACUUACUGAUGAUGAAUUCAAACGCAUUCAUCCAAAUAAUAGAUUUUAA